AUGGCUGAAUCAUACCCAACCCUCUCCCAAUGCGCGCUUGUCGCCGGCGCUCUGAAGGUCCUCCUCUUCCCGGCCUACAAAUCCACCGACUUCGAAGUCCACCGGAACUGGCUCGCCAUCACAAACAGCCUGCCUUUGUCCAAGUGGUACUACGAGAAGACCUCGGAAUGGACCCUCGACUACCCUCCCUUCUUCGCCUACUUCGAGUGGGUCAUGUCCCAGGUCGCGAAGCUCGUCGACCCGGCCAUGCUCAAGGUCUACAACUUGGAAUACGAUAGCUGGCAGACGGUAUACUUCCAGAGAUGGACUGUCAUUAUUUCGGAACUGGUCUUAGUCUAUGCGCUGCAGCGAUUCAUCGAGACCGCGACGGGAGGAACGAGACGAGCUGCCCAGGCUGCUGCCAUCUCAAUUCUACUUUCCCCUGGUCUUUUGAUCAUUGACCACAUCCACUUCCAGUACAACGGCGCCAUGUACGGUGUGCUCAUCCUAUCCCUCGUUCUGGCGAGAUCCAAGUCGGGCUUGCUGGGCAGCGGACUGGUGUUUGCUGCGUUGUUGUGCAUGAAGCACAUCUAUCUGUACCUCGCCCCGGCCUACUUUGUCUUCCUUCUCCGUGCCUACUGCUUGUCGCCCAAGUCCAUGUUCAGAAUCCAGUUCUUCAACUGCAUCAAGCUGGGUGGCGGUAUUGCGGCCAUCUUUGGUGCCGCAUUUGGACCAUUUGCUGCUCUGAAUCAGAUACCGCAGAUGAUGAGCCGCCUUUUCCCGUUCUCACGUGGUCUUUGCCAUGCCUAUUGGGCCCCCAAUGUAUGGGCUCUGUACUCCUUCGCGGACCGCGUCCUCAUUUAUGUGGCACCCAGGCUCAAUCUUCCCGUCAAGGCCGAAGCCAUCAACAGUGUCACCAGAGGACUCGUGGGUGACACUGCCUUUGCGGUGCUGCCAGAAAUCAGCCCACGUACUUGCUUCGCUCUCACGCUCUUCUUCCAGGUGCUGCCUCUGAUCAAGCUCUUCUUCCAGGCCCAGACACCCUUGCCCUGGGACAGCUUUAUUGGAGCGGUGACUUUGUGCGGCUACGCUUCAUUCCUCUUCGGAUGGCAUGUGCACGAGAAGGCCAUUCUUCUCGUCAUCAUUCCCUUUAGCCUUAUUGCGCUCAAGGAUCGCCGCUACCUCAGUGCAUUCCGACCAUUGGCUGUCGCUGGGCACGUCUCUCUCUUCCCCCUGCUGUUCACGUCGGCGGAAUUCCCAAUCAAGACGGUUUACACCAUCUUCUGGCUGAUUCUGUUCCUCCUGACCUUUGACCGAUUGGCGCCGGCUUCCAGAAAGGCCAGGUUCUUCUUGCUCGAUCGGUUCAGCACGCUGUAUAUCGCAGUCAGCAUCCCGUUGAUUCUGUACUGCUCACUGCUGCACCAGAUAGUGUUUGGGAAGCGGUAUGAAUUCCUUCCGCUAAUGUUCACGAGCUCGUACUGCGCAGUGGGGGUCGUCGGCAGUUGGCUCGGGUUCAUGCCUCGUUGCGCAUUCGGACCUCGACUUUUGGACCAUGCCAUUGUAGCCCACCGCCACCAUGGUAUGGACCCCGUCUUAUUCAAGCGCAAACCGGUGCAGUUCUUGCCGCCCAAGGACAUCAAGGAUGACAAUGCAGAGGUUCGAAAAUUGAACUUCACGGACGAUGCGACGAAUACUGAUGUAAGCCCUCAGGUCUGGCACAUACCGCAGACCGGUGAAGUCUUCGCCCAUUAUGAAGACUAUUUAACCAGAAUGGAUUUCUACAAACAGCGCCGAUUCAUUUGCCAGAUCACAGGGCACUCUGGCUUGACGUUUUUCGAAGCUCUCAAGAGCGAGCUUGCUGGCGCCGAAGAAGUCGAGCAAGCCUUCCCCGAAGCCCUCAAGGGCCCGGUGCUGCGACGCGUACAAUUCCAAACGGUCUCUCGAAUUGAUACCCUGGUAGACAUGGUUUUUGAAGAGUUCAGGGCGGACUACUACCCUGGCGAAGCAGUCACGGUCAGCACGGCAGACGGAGAGAGGUUGCAGGGCGUUGUCAGAGAAAAGACCCGGUUUGGAGGCAAGGUACUACCCGACGGCACCUUGACACCUCCCUACACUAGAUACACGGUCAGCCUCGACGAGAGACCCGGCGCCGAAGCUGUGGUUGACGACGACCACAUCUGGCGCGAUCGCAAGAUCUUCACAAAGUCGGUCCUACGCUCUUUCAUAAAGAAGACGGUGACGCGCGAGGCAUGGAAUGGCGCCCCGUGGCUCGUCAAGCAGGACUAUGCGGCACAAUAUCACAUCGACUCUCGGGUCCCGGCUCACCUGCGCUACGAUACGAAGUUGAUGGAGCGGAAGCAGAUCCAAGCACAGAAGCGAGCAAACCAGCCGCACGGCCAAGAGGCAAACGGAGCAAACGGUGUAAACGGAGCUAUGCAGAACGGGCCGGCUAGGUUACCAGAACUGAAACCUGCACCAAAGAACCAGAAGGGCAAGCUGCAGCACCAAUCUCCGGAUUUCGACGGCAAGGGUUCGCAGGGCAUGCUUGCUGGACAUGAAGGCGUAUUUCAGGCGCCUCCUCAUAAGAAUCCCUUCCAGCUCCCCCUCAACUUCAGGAACCAACAAAUGCAGCACCCCAUGGCUGCCCCCGAAGUGCCCCCACCGCCUCCGCCGCCAAAAUACCCCAUCGAAGAUUUGCAGGUACCGAUGCGGGAGGGUGUUGUCAGACCGCCGCUGUCGUUCUUCUGCAAGGACCCUCCGGCCGAGACCGAUGACGCCACCAAGGGCAGCGCUGGCCUGCAGGACAAGAUUUCGAUGGAGUCAGUCGGCUUGUUCCUGGAGACAUGGGACACGCUCAACGUCUAUUGCGAGAUUUUCAAGCUGGAUUCAUUUACGUUUGAUGAUUUUGUUGAAGCGAUGUGCGCUGCAUCCGAAGAGACGACGAUCCAGCUGUUUGAAGAGAUUCACUGCGCCGUUUUGAAACAGCUCGUCAGCGCUGAGGCAGACGGUGGCAAGGUCAACGUGCCACUGCCGGAGGUCGAGGAGGAGGAUGAUUCUGAGGAGGAAGAGGAAGAGGAAGAAAAGGAGCCCACACCUGAACCUGACAGGCCGCCUGCUAGAGCCACUAGAAGCAGUCUGGCGAGGGCCGAGGCCGAGAGACUGGCUGCUGAGGCGAGGGCCGCUGAGAAGGAGAGCGAAAACGUGGAGCCCGAAAUCAAGCAUCGCGCAGACGAGGUUCUCGAGGACUACGACUGGAUUGAAGAACUUCGAAAGCGAAACUUCGCGAAUGGCGGCUGGGAGAGAAUCAUCGUUGGUCUGCUUCAUCAGCUGUCGAAGGACGAACGGCACGAGAAACAAUGCGAAGACCUUCUCGCACAGAUCGUUCCCCCGGAGGUGGAGCAACCCACGCAGGACACCGUCAGGGAACAGUACGCCAAUCUCGACGUCAACCUUCGCGUCCAGGCACUGCAAAUCAUCUGCUUGCUUACCACCAGAACCAAGGCCAUGCGCACGUACAUGGAGGAGUGCAGCGAACAGAUGACUGCUUUCCGCAAGGAGAAGAUUGACUGGCAGCGUCAGAGGAAACAAGCACUUGAGGAGCUGCGUGUCCUUAACGACCAGCGCAAGAUCUUGUUGCCCGACAACAUGCCACCGUCGCCGCCUCCUGAAGCAGAAAAGCAGGAUGAGGACGUCAAGAUGGCCGAUGCUGAUGACUCAAUCGCGGAUGCCGAGGAUGAAGUUGCCGACUCCGAGGAAGAGGGCGCUCCCCGCAGAAACAUCCGCCGUGCCAACGACCGUGCUGCUGAGAGGCAGCGCAAGCGCGAAGAAGAAAAGAAGCGCAAAGAGAAGGCCGAGGCCGCGAAGGUGCCCAAGCAAUCGAAACAAUUCAUCAAGGUCCUCAAGGAUAUCACCAAGAAGGAGGAGUUCAUCAAGAAGUGUGAAGAGGAAAUUGCCGUCAUCGACAACGACCUUCGCGAAGCAGACUGCGGUCGAACCAGAGUGCUCGGCAAGGAUCGAUUCUGGAACAGGUACUACUGGUUUGAGCGGAACGGAAUGCCCUACGGUGGGCUUCCAGACAGCUCUACAGCUGCCGCCGAAUACGCCAACGGCUGCAUAUGGGUUCAAGGACCUGACGACCUGGAACGCGAGGGCUACAUCGACACCGAUCCCGAGUACCAGGCCGAGUACAAGACCAAAUUCGACAUGACUGUUCCGGAACGCAAAAAGCUGGAAGAGGGUACUACUAGCGUUUACAACGCGCGUCAGUGGGGCUUCUACAGCGAGCCGGAGCACGUUGACGAGCUCCUGAAGUGGCUCGAUCCUCGCGGAUUCAACGAGCUGCGGCUCAGGAAAGAGAUUGUGGCCUUCAAGGACAAGAUCGUAAAGCACAUGGAAAACCGAAAGAAGUACCUCGCCAGCGCAGAGCCCGAGGAGAAGGAGGAGAAGAAGGAGAAGAGGAGAGACUCCAAGCGGAUGAGUACAAGGGGCCGCCAUCAUGAGCCGACGCCUGAACCGACGAAUUACCGCUGCCUAUCUUGGGAGAACACCACAGCUAUGGAGGAACUGGGCCACCUCCAUUCUGAGCCCCCUCCUCCCCCAAGACCCAGGAAGCAGACGACAAAGAAGAGACAGGCCGUCGAGCCCUCUCCCUCUCCCGAGCCGGCGCCGAAGACAAGACGGCGCAAGUAA